GGGAGAAUGGAAAGAACAGGAGAAAAAGAUAAUGAAGCCUCCUCGUCCCACCAAAAUACUAUGUGGAAACAAUUUCAAGCGAAAGCCAAACCCAUUUUAAGCCCUAAACUGAGCAGAAACACAGAUGAGAAAAGGGAGAGGGGAUCAAUGUGGAUGUUUCGGAAGAAGAAAAAGCACCAUGUUUUGGACCGGGUAAUCUCCUCAUCACAGCCCGACCUCUUCUCCGCGCCUGUGUGUUUGGACUCGCAAGAAUCUCCCCACUGCGGCAAAGCGGACCCCAGCUCAGUCACCAGUCACAGCUCCAGACCGCUAUGCUACAGACAGACGACCGAGGAAACGGUGCAGCCGGACACACAGAAAGUCGCGAGCGGAACGGGCAGCCCGAAGCACACGAUGGUUCAGCUGAUGCAGUCCCACCACAAAAGCUCUUCGCUGGGGUCAGCGUGCUUGGAGAAGCUGGUCUCGGACACUGCAGCGAUCACAAGUGACAGUGGUGUGGGAGAAACACCGCCAAAGCUUGAUAAAACGGAUCCGCAGGAUGUGGGUCCCUCUGGCCCCUCAGGGGUUAACACUGAACGAGCCCUGCCCAACUCAGGGAUGUACCAGCUGGACAUAACGCUGAACAGAGGACACAACCUGGCCGUACGGGACAGGGGAGGUACCAGUGAUCCAUAUGUGAAGUUUAAGCUGGGCGGUAAGGAGGUGUUUCGCAGUAAGACCAUCUAUAAGAACCUCAACCCGGUCUGGGACGAGGGGACCAACCUGCUGGUGGACAGUCUGCAGGAACCUCUCUAUGUCAAGGUGUUUGACUAUGACUUCGGCCUUCAGGACGACUUUAUGGGUUCAGCUUACCUCUACCUAGAGUCCCUGGAGCAGCAUAGGCCAAUACCAGUGACUCUGGCUUUACAUGACCCACACUACUCCGACGUUGACUUGGGGACGCUGGAUCUGACCGUCACUUUACGACCUAAACACAGCCCCAUAGAGGAUCCACACAGAGAUGCCAGCAACAAAGAGGUGGUAAUGGAACAUCGUUGGAAGCCUUAUGUGAACAAAACCAUGCUGCUCAAACGGAGCUGGAAACGAUCUAGCAAGCAACAGCAGUCACUGCGUCUGUCAGAGCUCCACCGCAAGGCGCAGCUGUGGCGAGGCAUUGUGAGCAUCUCUCUGAUCGAGGGUCGCAACCUUUGCCCCAUGGAUCCUAACGGCCUCAGUGACCCCUACGCAAAGUUCAGACUGGGAAACCAGAAGUACAAAAGCAAGACCCUGCCGAAGACGCUGUGUCCUCAGUGGAGGGAGCAGUUUGAUCUGCACUUGUAUGAGGAGACAGGAGGAAUCCUGGAUAUCUCAGUCUGGGACAAAGACACGGGACGCAGGGAUGACUUCAUAGGAGGCUGUACGUUAGACCUGUCCACUCUGGCUAAGGAACACACCCAUCGUUUAGAGCUACCCCUGCAGGAGUCCCGAGGCUCUGUGGUGCUCCUGGUCACCCUGACCGCCACUUCGCACGUGUCUAUUGCUGAACUUUCACUGACCCCGCUCGACAACCCCCAGGAACGCAAGGAGAUCAUGAGACGAUAUGGCAUGUUGCACUCGCUCUCUAACAUGAAAGAUGUGGGGAUAGUUCAGGUCAAAGUGUUGAGAGCUGAAGGACUCAUGGCUGCGGAUGUUACAGGUAAAAGUGAUCCUUUCUGUGUGUUGGAGCUAAAUAACGACAGGUUACGAACACACACUGUCUACAAGAACCUCAACCCGGAAUGGAACAAAGUAUUCACCUUUAAUGUGAAGGACAUCCACUUGGUGUUGGAGGUGACAGUGUUUGAUGAAGACAGAGACAGAAGCGCUGACUUUCUCGGCAAAGUUGCCAUCCCACUGUUAAAUAUCCAGAAUGGAGAGCAGAAGAGUUAUGUAUUGAAGAAUAAAGAGCUAACUGGACCAACUAAAGGCCUUCUCUACAUGGAGUCUGAUGUAAUCUAUAGCACUGUGAAGGCAGGUUUAAGGACCAUAGUUCCUGCAGAGAAGAAAUACAUUGAGGAAGAACCAAAAUUGUCUAAAUAUUUGCUCCGCCGAAACUUUAACAGAGUGAAGAGGUGCAUCAUGGUCCUGAUAAACUUUGGGACAUUUGUUAACAGCUGUUUUGAGUGGCAGUCACCUCAGAGAAGCAUCAGUGCCUUUCUGGUCUUUGUGAUUGUAGUGUGGAACUUUGAGCUCUACAUGAUACCUGGAGCUCUGCUGCUGCUUUUGACCUGGAACUAUUUUGUCACUACAAGCAGAGAGCCAGGAGACAUGGCGUCGGACGCAAAUUUUGAGUGGGAGGAGGAGGAAGAGGAGAAAGAUGACAAGCAGGACUCAGAGCGUAAGGGCUUCAUUGAGAAGUUGCAUGCCCUCCAGGAUGUGUGUGUUAGUGUGCAGAGUUCCCUGGACCAUGUGGCCUCGUUUGGCGAGCGAAUCAAGAAUACAUUUAAUUGGACAGUGCCUUUCCUGAGUUGGCUAGCCAUCUGUGCCCUAUGUGUGGCCACAGUCCUCCUCUACCUCAUCCCUCUACGAUACCUCAUCAUCGCCUGGGGUGUCAAUAAGUUUACUAAGAAGCUGAGGAAUCCCUACAUGAUCGACAGCAAUGAGGUGCUAGACUUUCUCUCAAGAGUCCCCUCAGACGUUCAAGUGACGCAAUAUCGAGAGCUGAAGAUCAAUCCGGGACAGAGCCCCAUCAAACGCAAGAAGAUCAAUCCUUCCUAAACGCGCACACACAGAAACACACCUGAACUUAGUUUUUCUGAGAGACUGGGCAUUCAAUGGUCUCACAUACUUUGUAAUUAUUGUGUAAAACAUGGUAAAAAUACAUAUACAUGUAAUCUUUAUGAUUAUCACUUAAUUAGUGGUUGUUUUAUUGUUUGUUUAAGUUGUUGUGAAAUUCAGUAUGUGUGUGAAUGUGUACAAUAUGUGUAUGUUAUUAUUAUUAUUUACUCCUAUUUUUUGUUUGGUCACAACAGAACUUCAUAUGAUUAUCCAAAAAUGCAUGGAUUUUUAACAUUGAAAGACUCCAUUCUGGAACUGAGGUUGCUUUUCUCCAACCUGAACAUUUAAAUCAGCACAGGAACAUUUAGAGCUUCCUGGAAUUAGUUGCCAGUUAUAACAACAGGACUAUGUUUACAUUUUUUGUAUCACAAUAUCUACUGUAUAAAAAUGUAUAUGUGUAACACAAAUAAUUUAUUAUCAAAGAGCAUAUGUUUGUGUUGUGUAUGAUUUGUUUGUCCUCAAUAACUGUGUUUUUUUUGCUUCAAAACCAACAUUGACAUUACCAUGAGUCUGUAGAACAUCAGAAGAAUGACCCAGGAUGUCUUCUGGUUUACACAGUGCUAAAGAUCAUUUUACAGUUCCACCAUGGUUUUUGUGUCUCGCAUGAAUUUAACCUCUAGGUGCAUUCAUGUAUUGUGAAAUGGUCAAUGCGUUUUGAAUGGCUGCUGCAUGAAUGUGUUGCAUCUGCAUGUCUGUCCAGAGGCCCAAAUUGAUUAGCAUUUAUUUUAAGGAUAAUGUUACCUUUUUACAUCUGCUCCAUACAUAUUUUUUUUCUGGUUCACGUCUGUUUUACCUGAUCACUGUUUUACUUGUGUGAUUCAUGUGUUUAACCUGUGUCAUUCAUUGUCUGUUCAUUUGGUGGGUGUGUUCUUAUCUGAGAACAUGUUAACUAAAUUAGAUUAAUGGCCUCAGGUUUUCCUCAGAUUGAGGUCUCUGCAUGUUGCCAAGUGCUGUCCAUAAAAAGUGGAAGAUUACCAUCGAAAAUGUUCAUAUGUUUUCUGUUCCAUAAACCAUGUUAGUAAAUGAUUGCUUUGAUCACUGUAAAUGGGUUAACGAUUGUCAUUUACAGAGUUUUGUAAGGUCACCGAGAUAAAGUAUAUAGAGAAAAUUCCUUUGCAGAACCAAAUUUGCUCGCCUAGUAGUCUCUGUCUUGCUCCAGACCCUGUUGCCUUGGCUCCAGCCAUGCUUUCCUGAACACAAGUCCCGACCCUCUGGAAAUACAUAGGUAUCUCUGGACAUACAACUCUUUCCAGGACAUCUGCCCCAAACUCUGGUCACCAAAGCCUCUGCCCCUUCGGUGUGAUAAACCUGUUGCAAAUAGUCUGUCAAGAAUCAAUGUGUUUAGAAAAGUGUGAGACACUGUUCAUAUUCCCUGUGACUUUCUGGGUAGAAACUAUUGUCUUGUUUCUGAAACUAAACAAUUAUAAGGGCAAAGUCAAUGUGUAACGAUUCCAGCCGAACGUGAGUUCCAAUCCUUGUUUUGGUUUUUGUUCUUGUGUUGGUUCCUGUCCAUGUCGUUCAACGGUGUUGAGUCCUCACCUGUUUCUUUUCUUCUCGUUAGUCCGUGUAUUCAGUUCAGUCCUUUUCUCCCAUUCUUUGUUGAUCAUUGUUACACACCCCUGGAGACCGCUGCACCUUUUUCUUUCCCUAUCCAAUAAAGUUGAAGAGGAAAGUUUUGAGUGAGGAACAGAACUGUUCAGUUUGCAGUGGUCUCUUAUUUUUAUCCGGAGCUGUAUUGUGAUAUUUUCUCUGGUGGUUUCAAUUGUGGUUCAGUAUUGUGUUCUUAUAUUUCCUGUGCACAGCACAUGGUUUUGCUUUGUGUAGCAUUAAAGCUCCUACCCUGACCCUGUGUUUGCCUCCACCUCCGUGCCUAAAUGUGACACAAUGUCAAAAGAUAAUCUGUAAUCAAUAGUUUUUUUAAUCUAUAGCCUUUUAUGAAAUGUUGGAUAUGGGACCUGAUGAUAACACUGAAAUAUGUUGUACAUUUGAACAUGGACUGGUUUACCACCAUCUAUCAACAGAAACAUAACUAUAAUAUCUGUGGCCACUGUAAGAAAUCAGAUUCUGAAGGUAUGACACUAUACUAACCAGAAGAUGCAUUUAGGGAUUUUUUGACACUUGUUGUAACACUGACGAGCCAAGAGAUGGUCCCAUGUAAUGUGCCUCAUGUCAUCAAAAACUUUCAUACUUGGAAUUUCAUGGCUGAGAUAGUAAUUCUACAUAUAGAUUAUGUAUAAAUAAAUAACAU